AAGGACACGUGACUACGGAGCGGCCCACGACAAAAAUGACUUUGACACCUCAGCUCUAGAUAAAGGAGACAAAGAUGGAAGCCAUAAUCAAACCAGCCAGGGUUUCUCUCUGGACCACACCAUGUCUCUUGUUGACCAAAAGCCAGGAAGUUCUAAAAUGGAAUGAAUCACAGAUGGUACUAAAUAUAAAGCAGAUCCUGUGGCUUUAUUGUCUCUGUGAAGCAGCAAGUGCAAGCGUCGGCAACACAUUAUCAGUCAUCAGGCCGGUCACCGGAACCCUCUCCGGGAAGGUUAACCUUCCCUGUUCCUUCUCAAGUAUUCCAACCUCGUCACCAGCAAACCCAAACGCCACCGUGGGUUUUUCCAUAGACCACUUACGCAUCAAAUGGACCAAAAUAGAAGGAGACGUCGAGUCAACGGUGUUAGUGGCACAAAAUGGGGUCGUCAAGAUCGGACCCGGCUACAUGAACCGGGUAUCCGUGCCCAGUCACCCUGAACAUGUGGGUGAUGCCUCCUUGACAAUGGUCAAGCUGCUCGCGAGCGAUGCGGGCACGUAUCGCUGUGAGGUCAUGUACGGCAUCGAGGACUCCCGCGAUACAGUUGACCUCAACGUUGAUGGUGUGGUCUUUCACUACCGCGCCAACAUCAGCAGGUACACGUUAGACUACGACAAGGCAGUCCAGGCUUGCCACAACAUCGGCGCAAGCAUCGCUACGUCUGAACAGCUGAAUGCGGCGUACGAGGACGGUUUUGAUCAGUGCGAUGCUGGCUGGAUCGCUGACCAGACCGUGAGAUACCCCAUCAUAAAACCCAGAAAGGGUUGCUAUGGCAACCUCCAUAAUAAACCUGGUGUGAGGUCAUACGGAACCAGGAAAGCCAGCGAGACUUAUGAUGUAUACUGUUAUGUGGACAAACUUUACGGUGAUGUGUUCUACGCUCCCGUGUCCAAGAAAAUGUCCUUUGAGGAAGCCAAGGAUGAAUGUAAGAGGAGAAACAGCGAGCUGGCAACCCCCGGCCAGCUCCACGCCGCGUGGCGACGAGGUCUCGACAGGUGUGACUACGGCUGGCUCUCAGACGGCAGUGCGCGACAUCCCGUUUCUGUACCCAAACUUCAGUGCGGGGGAGGCCUGCUAGGGGUCAGAACCAUGUACCGCUAUCGGAACCGAACCGGAUUCCCGGAACCGACAACCCAACUGGGAGCGUACUGUUUUAAAGGAAGGAAACAGAUAGUCAACCAAACUUCUUUCGUGGACGUUUUUGUGAUCAACGACACAAGCACCACCUUCAGCUCCUCCAUCAUUCCUUUACUUGAGAGUAGUGCAGUUACUUCUGAAAUUGGAUCAGAGGCUGAAGUGGACCCAGUCCUUACAGAUCAUCCAUCUAUGUUCUCUACCAGUAUGGUUCCACCACGACCCACUCCAGCAGGCAAAGAAGAGAAGUUAUUUACCACAGUGGCUCCGACCGUAAUGGAAGACCAAGACAUCGAUGAUCUAAAACCAGUAGACCCAGACAUUGACGACUUUGUAGAUGAUAAUGUAACAUUUGUCGAAUCAAUUCCCCAUCGUGGUGACACGUUGCUAGACGAUCACUCGGUCAUCGAGAUCAGUACGAUUGAAAGUGACGCGGUGCUACGAGAUGCCUCUCCUAGCACAGAGCCCAUGUUUGCUGAGGGAGAAACGGAGCAAACUAUUCUCAAUUCUAAUUUCACUGACACGACAACCCGAGUUGAGAGUGAAAAAGUUUCCAGUUCGACACCACAAUUUCCAUUUUAUGAUGGCCAAACUGAUGAGAUAGAGACAGGUCUACUGGUAGAGGUUCUGCCGGCUACUGUCACAAGACAAUCACAGGAUCUCUUGCUCAGCACAGAUGGGACGGACAUCCCUACCACCACUGUCAUCCCCACCAGCACGACUUUUAUAUGUGACACCAAGCCUGCUGGCACUGAGUUGGACAUCAGCACCAUCACCCCCUCACCACUGGAAACGACCACAGCGAACAAAGUCCUAAUACAGCAUGUCGCGACACUAGAAGAAAGUCUAUCAGCAACCGGGACGGGUGCUCCCAUUCUUAUCGAACACGUGACAUCAGAUGACGCGUCGAUGAGUGUUUUGGAUGAGUCCGCCGAUCAGAUGUCAGAGCAAAGUGGCGAUGUCCUCACACCGGUUGAGACGACAGCAAACAUUGAUGCUGAGUUCUUCACAACCGCUCCAGUGGUUUCAACCACAGACAGCGGCAGCAUCGCGGCGGAAACGACAGUCACAAAGGAAAAGCAGAACACAUCAGAUGAUCAGAUCCUUCAGUUGCAGAACUCUGAGUCUCCUGUCUUGCCUGACCAUUCCAACGCCUCAGGUCUUGAUGAUGAGCCUGUCCUCCAGAGCGGACACCCAGACUUAUCUCCUGCCACUGUAACUACCUCUCCAAUUGUUAGUUUCAUUAAUGGAAAAUAUGAGAUAACGCAUGAUCCGCUGAGUCCAGAGGACAAAGAAGCCCAAGGUAACCAAUUUGUGACGAGUAUGAAAAGCUUAGGAGGAAAUGAAGAAACUACCACAGAGUUGGGUAAUGGAUGGGCCAACCUUCCAGCAGAUAGCUUCACUAAAUCGAUAAGGCUCCUCUCAAGCACAGGCAAACUAAACCCAGAUGACCCUGACUCUGAUAAUAUUCCAACAAUUGAAACAAAACUCCCUGACGUUUUUUCUGAAAUUGAAGAGGGCUCCACAGAGAGAGACAAAUCUUCUGCUCCAACUGCAACUCCGGGAGACACCACAUCAUUUAAAACCACACCAAAAGCUCGCUCCGAAACCACAGACAGGAUGUUACUAACAACUACUUUUCCUCAUUUCUUUCCGACUGCAUCACCAUCUGAAGCGCAAAUGACCAAAAUAACAGAAGGCAGCCAAAUAAUCUUAUCAGAUAAGGUAACCUUCACUGUCAUCACCACAACUACACAAAAAGAGGGAGACAAGUCCAGGGGCGCUCCCACAACUAUGAUGAGUGACUCACAAGUGACUCAGACAGACAAAACAGAGGAUCCAUCCCUGUUUACAGAUCUUCCCACAGACAGAAACAUAACUGAGGCAACAGUAGAAAUCAAAAGCGCCACUGCCUCACCAGCUGCUGAAGAUUCCUCUCAAGCUUCACUCCAGACUGUGUACAUUCCCCUGUCGAAUGAUUCCGAUGGGGAAACGAGCAAUACUGAAGGAAUCUCAAAACCAAACAUAUUGCAAGUGAUGUCAACAAUUUCCUCUUUUUCUGAUAAUCCAAUAUCAAUGCCAUCUUCUAGAUUUAGUUCCACCUCAAGUACACUUUCCGUUUACAGCACAGAGACUUCAACAUCGGUCACAAAUAUCUACGAGUCUGAAAUACCCACAGGACAAUCUUUUGGUUCUAGCAUAACAAUGAUGGCCACAGAAACACCGCCCAGCAUGGUCUCCAGGGAAUUCUCUGCUGGUUCAGAAAUUUCAGAUGCAGUUACUUUAUCCUCACUCAAAGAGGAACUUCAAUUUGUAACGGAUCAGACAAAGGAAAAACCAGUUCAGACUCCUGUUUCUGAACUGACAGAGGAAACCUCACUUCUUGGUGAUGGAUCAGGGGAUGAAGCACCGGAAAUUAGUACACCUGAAACGGAAUCAUUAUCUGUCAGCAGCACCUUUCCAGAAGGUCUACCUUUUACUAGUGACUCACAUGAAACAAUAGAAAGCCAUGAAGCGGAAACAGAUGUGACACGACCAACGUCAACCAUCAGUGGACCAACAAUGAGGAGUGACUUGGCUUCAGUCGGUACUACCACGUACACAGAGAAUUCUGGAAAUGGCGUUGAUGGUGGUGUGUCAGAGAUGACGACAUCUGUUUCUUCAAAGUCGCAUGAAAAAAGCCAGACUGUUGAUGCAUCCCUUACACCUGAAAACAAUUCAAUGCCCUCCAAAACAGCCAAAGCCGACCUGACUGAGCUGUCUCAACAACUACCAGGAUCUUCUACAGUUUCAUCAUUGUUAAGCACAGGAAAAACAACAGACCUGCAUUUUGAGGAUAAAGAAACAUUUUCCACAGGUUCACCUUUGAACACUAUUGACUCCCAAGAAGCAAAUUCACAUGAAACAGCAGAAAACCAUGAACCAGACAUGACAUCAGUUACAGGCAAACCAUCCCUGGUCUCUGAUGUGACAAAACCAAUACCAACCAUCAAUGGCCCAACAAUGAGGAGUGAAGUGGCUUCAAUCCAUACUACCACAUACACAGAGAGUUCUGGAGAUGGUACCGAUGUUUUUAGUGGUGACUCAAAGAUCAUACCGACCAAAACAUUGCAUGAUGAUCGGAUGAAAGACAGUUCGAACAAACCUCUAACAACUGCUUCAUCCCUACAUAGUACUGAAAAAACAACUCAAGUGGAUUCUGAAAUACAAACAAGUUCAUCAACGAGUCAGGGAGCUUUGGCUUUGACCCCAGUAGAUGGAGAUGGUUCAGGUGAACAGACUCAAUACAUGCUCCAUCAGACAUCUCCAAAUAUUGAUGAUGGAAUUAGGAGCAGUGUGCUGGUUGAGUCGUUACCAUCUUUCCAUCAAACAACCAUGAUGCCUGCAAUGGCAACAGACUUUGAAAGUUCCGGAGACACAAUCAAUGAGUUUUCUGGAGUGUCAGAAAUCAAAACAACUGUCUCUUCAAUGUUUAGUACAGAGACACCAGCCGUGACAUCAUCACGUAAGGAUGAAAUCUCAAGUACUGCGACAUCAUCUCUGUAUAGUACAAAAACAACUCGUAUAUCUCAUCACAUUACAACUUCUGCUCUGACACCAGUAGAUCUCGAUGGUUCGGGUGAUGAAAGCAAAGACAUUUUCAUUCAAACAUCUUCCUCUACUCUGUCCACCACCGAGGCACUAACGAAAUCUCCCGCUAGUUCAUUUGCAGUCACAAAUACUGAGAAACAGGAGGUCAGCACUGAGCCAGUAAUUGGAUCAAGUAUAACACCUGAAACUGAAUCAUUAUCAUUAGUCAAUACCAAUUUGAAUGAAGGUUCGGGACACAACGUUGGUCUUACUAGCGAGUCCACGACUUCUUUUUCUUCAAUCUAUGGAACUGAUAACCCCGGACCAUCUACUGAGAUGCCCAGUAGAGUCACUGCAUCUCCAGAAUUGUCUUCGGUAUUCAACACAGAGACACCCACAAAAUUGUCAAUUGCUGACAAGGACAGUCUUUCCUCAUCUCUUCCUUACACACAAGCCCAUGGAGGAAUGCCCAAUGAAACGUCAGAAAGCCAUGAAGCAAAAACAUUAUCAGCUACAGAAAAUCCGUCCACUUCUGUGACCUCUGUCUUUAAGAUCACAAUGGCAGCGUCUCCAACGGUUUCAUCCAUUAAAGUGUCUACUGUUCCGGACAUUGAUUAUGAACUUACGAGUCGUCUAACGACUACGGUUGACUCUGUUUCUUCUCUGAGUGGAUCAACCAUACAACCUGGAGUGUCCUCGUUCUUCACUCUCAAUAACAUAGAUGGUUCUGGGGAGAUCGUUGAGGACUUUACGGAAAUGACUAGUUCAGUGUUUCCUACCAAUACACCAGCAGCAACAGCAUCCCAUGGAAACGAGACAGAUCCUUUGUCAAACACCUCCGUUGCCCUGUCAACCCGCUACAGUACCGAAGAACCAACAGCAGAACCUUUGUGGUCAUCUACGUCCGUACUUGGAUCUAGUAUGACACCUGAAACAAAAGUCAGUACCACUGAAGGCUCAGGAGCUCUCAUUGAUGUUACUGGAGAGUCAUUCAUUUCAGUAACAACGUCCUCCUCUUCAAUGUUUAGCACUGACACCUCAUCAAUGACCGUAUCACCUUCUGAACCUGUCAGAAAAACUGAGGACUCAUCCUUACCGCUGAGGACUAUUCCGACUUUGUCAGAUAUUGAAGAAGAGAGCUCAGGUGAACCCACCAGGAUGACCGAAAAAGAUUCAUCAUCGCCUACAUCUUUCUUAUUGUAUCACACAGAAAGACCAACACAAUUGCCACUUCAAGAAAAGGAGACUUCUACGAAAGACACUUCUUUGUACAGUACGAAUCCCCUUGAGCCAGUGUCAAUUGAAACAACGCAAAGUUAUGAAACUAAGUCAUCAUCAGUUACCACGGCUGACUCUGAGAUUUCUGGAGACAGAAGUGAUGAAUUAACUGGAGAACCUUCUCCCAUGUUUGCUACAGGAACAUCGGCAAGGAGUACUCCACAUGGUGAUUCAACGGGUGACAUUUCAAACACAUUUGCUACUUCUGCACCGUCCUUUUUAAGUAGUGAGAAACCAACUCCAGCUGGAUCUGCUCUUUCAGACAUGAAUGAGGGAUCCAGCAUGAUGGUUGAGUCUAUUCCUUCCCACACUGGCUCAACUACUAAACUUGGAAUCCAAUCAUAUGCCACUCCCACAGAUUUUGAGAGUUCUGGAGAUAGUACAGAUGGAUUUCCGAAGACGUCAAUAAUAACAACUGUUUCGUCACUGUUCAGUACAGAGACACCAGCAAUGACUCCAACACGAGAGGCUCACAACAGUCAAGCCUCGACAGCAUCAGUAACACUGUCAUCCAUCCACAAUACUGAUAAACCUACUUCGGUGUCUCCAGAAACCUUUAACACGAGUCAUACAGAGAAACCUAUGGCUACACAAAAUCCUUCAGAUAUUCCAAUCGAAUUUGAAGCCGGUUCAGAAUCCAUCAGUCCUACCACAGAGAAACUAUCAUCACCAUCACCUGAAAUUCAAACAAGUACUGCUUUAAAACCUCAAGUGACGUCAGUGUCUUCUCUGUUUACUACUAAGAAAAUGACAUCAUCUACAGAACCAUCUACAGAACAGACCACCUUCUCCAAAACCACCAUCAGACCAUCAGCUACUGUUGAUGAAGAAGGUUCGGGAGAUAAUAUAUUUAGUGUUUCAUCCAAUCCUCAAGAAGGUACUCAACGCAUGAAAAUCCCAAGUCACUCUGUGUUUCCCUCAAAAGAGACUUUCACUUAUGUCGACAUGGAGACUUCUGGGCUUUCCCCUGAAGAAGAUGAUCUUGAGAUGAGUUCAGAUGGAUCAGGUGGCUAUAUCGCCAUUGAAACGACUGAUGAGACAGAAACACACGAGAGCACAUACGAUUCGUCAACUCAACCGAGCAGACAGUCCACAUGGGAAUCAACCCAAGCACCUUACAAGACUAGCAAUGAGGUUUACGUAACUGAGCUCGGGAGUGGUGUCUUCACUGAGGAUGACAAUUCGGGUUCUGAAUUUUUGGACACAUCAACAACAUCCAUACCGAUAGCAACGCCAUCUGCGCUUGACACCACUGCAAGUCAAAUCAGUUCUUCACCUAUUCCGCUUGCUGUCUCUGAGGAUACUUCAACUGAUGAGGAGUCUACAGAAAAAUCAACAAUCUUUUUACCUGAGUCACGAACAAGAUCAGAGAAUACAACAAAGGAUGGCAUACGGGAACAUUCCACAGAAAUUUGGGCUACAACAUCUCAUGAAAGGACUUCUACUGAAAGUGAAACAAUUAUCGUACCUUCCCGCCAAGAAACAACAGUAACACUGGAGAAUCCAAAAUUUGUUGUCACUGAGGAAUCUUCUCUCUUUAGCGGACCCAGGUCUACUGUGACUGCAGCUCCUUCUCUCUUCAGCACAGUUAAACCGAACCUUAAAACAUCGUAUGUGAUGCCAACUGUCCAAUCAGUUGUUCCACAUGUAACUGAUGAAUUCACACCAGAUUUGAUUUUGACAAAAGGUGAGGGUUCUGGCGGCCAAAUCACAGAGAUGUUCACUUCUAAGCCAUCUGUGAUUAUGAACGUUACAUUUGGCGAGGCAACAGAUGAAAGCGAAACGUUGGAUUCAGUCACUUCAACUACAGAUGAGAAGUUUUCCAAUACUGAUUUUAAAGACCAAACAUCCACCAUCGUGCUGCAUGUUUCGACACCAUCGCCCAACAAAACAAUCCUAUUUACAGAAGAUACAAGAGAUGAAGAUGAACCCUUCUCCAAAGUUACCGACAGCACAGGAGAGGAAAGCCCGUCUGCUAAACUCAUCCCUAGCACUGAUAUCAUCAUUGAUGCUGAUACCAUUUCCAACGUUCCCUCUUCUUCAUUUCACCCAACCUUUCAGACAGAAGAGGCAGGAGGCCUCACACCAAUCACAAUGUUGCAACAACUGGAGGUGACCGAGGAGCCCGAGGCUUCAGGAAGUGAGGCUAUAAACUUCUUCACACCUACACAUGCAUCAGCAACCUCUCCUGAAUACUCCACAACCAUGUCUGAAGCAUAUCUUGAGGAAACUGUUUUAACUGCAGAAUCUUCUAGUGCACGCACUGAAACAUUGUCAUCAUCAGCUGUAUCUGUCAAACCAAGCCAUGACGUAACACAAUCACAACCAGUUUCCUCACUUGAUACUCAUACAAUGACAGUUCUCAAGCAGAUGGAUGGUGAGGACAAAGAUACCUUCUUAACGUCAUCGCCCACAGCCGCAAGUGUGACUGACGAAACAUCACCCUCACAACUUUCUGGACAUUCAGUCACUGUUACGCCUCUUGCACAUGUGUCUACUUCACUUAUCAGUCAAGUAACUCAACAAGAGUCAAGCGGAUUUGACUCAGAUGAAGGCUCUGGAGGAGAAAAUGUGUUUGGUCUUAAAACCACGGCAACAAUAGAUUUGACAGCAUUUGAUAGAGUGACAUCGCCAGCUUCGUCUCUGUUCAGCACCAAGAAGCCUGAAAUUAUUCAUGGCGUUGACGAUAGCAGUACACCUUCGAGCAUUUGGUCAUCUCUCUCCAGUACCGUGAAACCAACGGCCAAUUUUGAACCCGACGUUCCUGGCACCUCAAGUAACGAAGGACUGACAGUUUCAACAGUGAAGCCGAAACCAAUGUCACAUUUAGAUGGGUUGCCUGAACCCGGUAGUGGGGAAGAUGAAAUACUUCUAUCAACCUCACAAUCUAUUCAGUCUGCAAAACCACAGCAAGAAACUACACAGACAGAUUCCAAUUUCGUCUCAUUUAAAACCUCUCCCGAAAGCCCAAGUGAGCAAAGCCCCACGUGGGGUAGUGCAUCCAGAAAGUAUCCAGAAAGUACCCUCCCAUCUUCAUUCUUAAGCCCUACAACCCCACCAGUAGAUUUCAUUUUAGAUGUGACUGAACAAUUGUCCUCUUUGAAUUCAACAACAAGGCCACCAGCUACAGCGAGUGAAAGUUCAAGUGCCUCAAAGAAUGAGGAGCCUUCUGUGUCAACAGAGACAAGUCUCAUCACGUCAACAGAAGAAGAUGGUUCUGGGGUCACCAUACCGAGUGUCUACAAUGCAGACUUGGCCAGUCCGACAGGGUCAUUUUUAUAUGAAGAAACAUCUGGUUUUACAUCUACUAAGAUCCCCAUGACACAGAUGUAUUCAACCCCGUCUUCUGGUAUGCUCGGAAUUUCUACUAAUACACAAUACACGGACAUAACAAGCACACUAGAACCCAUUGAUAUAAUACAUACCAACCAACAAGGAGUGGCUACAACAAAAGCAGCAGAACACAUUUCAGAAGUCCCUUUUGGAUCAAUACCUUCACAGGAAAGUAUUUUGAUACACUACGUCACAACCUUUCCUCCCCAACAAAACCCAACACCUCCCCAAGAAUCAUUGAAGCAAGCCCAGUCAGAGAUUGCUAUCACCCAUCGUUCUUACUCCUUAGAUGUAUCACCAACUUCAGUCACCAUUCCCGUGUCCGGAAAAACGACAACCGACCUUACGGAUGAACACCUUUCAAGUGGCGCCAUGACCGAACCAACUCCUGAAACAGAUGUCCGAGUAACCCAAGCCCCAGUUGAUAUCGUUUACGAAGAUUUCAAUGAAGAGACCCCUGAAUACGAGGAAUCAAAUCCCAACAUCGUGGAGAGCAUUCCGGAAGACAAUCAAAGUAUAAAUCCAACAGAUAUAACAAUGUACACAAAUUCAGGAUCAAAUGAAAUCCACACCGUCUUGAAGCUAGAUGCUACCACUACUGCAUCAACGGUGGAGUCAAGGAAUGUUGGAUCUACAAUUCACUCAUCGGACCGAACGUUGACACCAGCUGAAGCUCAAAACCAGAAUCUCCUCUCAGUGGACCCCACCCAACCGGCUGACAAACUAAACAGUGACAUCGGAAAGGACACAACUUUGGUUCCAGACCAUCCCCGGGGGGACACCAUUGUAGGCGAGCCUGUUGAAAUCUCCGGAAUUGACUCAUGUGGUGAAAACAUUUGUCAGAAUGGAGGUUCUUGCCUUAUGAGCGGCAGCGUGCUAGCAUGUAGCUGCGCACCGGGUUAUGGCGGCGAUCACUGUGAAAUAGACAUUGAUGAAUGUCAGUCCAACCCUUGCCGUAAUGGAGGGACAUGCGUUGAUGGGCUGGCUUGCUUCACGUGUCUUUGCCUCCCGAGCUAUUCUGGGCUAUUUUGUGAGGAGGACACGGAGGCGUGUGAAUAUGGCUGGCACAAGUUUCAGGGCCAGUGCUACAAGUAUUUCCCAAGCAGAAGAAACUGGGAUACAGCAGAGAGAGAGUGCCGCAUGCAAGGGGCUCACCUGACCAGCAUCCAUUCCCACCAGGAGCAACAAUUUAUCAACCGUCUCGGCCAGGAUUACCAGUGGAUCGGCCUGAAUGAUAAAAUGUUUGAUAGUGACUUCCACUGGACUGAUGGGAGCCGCACGCACUACGAGAACUGGAGGCCCAGCCAGCCUGACAGUUUCUUCACCUCGGGAGAGGAUUGUGUGGUGAUGGUCUGGCACGAGGACGGCCAGUGGAACGACGUUCCGUGCAACUACCACCUGACCUUUACUUGCAAGAAGGGCACAGUGGCAUGCAACCAGCCCCCCCUGGUGGAGAACGCCCGAACCUUUGGGAGGCAACGUGAACGCUACGAGGUCAACUCGCUGGUGAGGUACCAAUGCAGCUCAGGAUACAUUCAGAGGCACCGCCCAACCAUCCGUUGUCAGGGCGACGGACAUUGGAAUGUUCCUAAAAUCGCCUGCGUGAAUCCAUCCAACUAUCAAAGAAGCUUCUUUAGGACACAUCAACACACAAGGCUGUACAGCGUCAACAAUUUUAGGCAAUGGCCGGAUCAGCAGGUCUUCCCGCUCCAUCAUCAGCGUUACAGGGGACGGAGAGAUAACCCGGACCACAAACGCAAGAGGAUGUGAUUACCGACGUGGCUCUUGGGACAAAUUUGCGUGCAAAAAAAAAAAAAAGGAACAAGCACAAGGGAAUACA